AGCUACGCAAGAGCGCAACAUGGGUGCGUAACACCGCCGAUGGAAUGCCCUAACGAAAAUAUUACAUUUUGGCUCUACACGAGAGCCAACGAAGACAACCCACAUCAAGUACAAGCCAUGGACACAGACUCCAUCAAAUCGGCGCCGUGGGUCGCGGACGCUCCCGUCAAGAUCCUCAUUCACGGGUACACAGGCGAUAAAGACUUUUCACCGAGCAAGGAAAUACGACCAGCGUACAUGAAAUGCUGCGACUACAACGUAAUCAGCGUCGACUACAACCCCAUCGCGCGCGAGCCGUGCUACUUCCAGGCGGCACGGAACACGGAACUGGUCGGCAAGUGCACGGCCCAACUCAUCGACCAACUGGUGACCGAACACGGCUUCGAUUUGAAGAAGUUCCACAUAAUCGGCUUCAGUCUUGGAGGACAAACAGCUGGGUUGAGUGCAAACUUUUUGACAAGUGGGAAGUUGGAAAGGAUAUCCGCCCUUGAUCCAGCCAUGCCCUUAUUUGUCACCGAAGAUAAAAAUAAAAAGGUGGACUCCGGUGACGCUAAGUACGUGGACUGCCUGCACACCAACUCGCUGGAGAAGGGCAAGCUGGAAAGCUGCGGCGUGUCCGACUGGUUCCCAAACGGAGGGCUCACCCAGCCCGGUUGCUUACCUACGAAGGAACAGACGAAAUCAGGCUGCGACCACGCUAGAGCUCCGGCAUAUUACGCGGAAUCCAUAACCACCGACGUCGGCUUCUACGGUACCAAGUGCCACUCGUGGUUCUCGUACAUGAUCGGGUGGUGCAACGGGUCUGAUGACGACGAGCUGUAUGGAGAAUGGAUGUCACUCAACGCUUCGGGCCUUUACUUCUUCGUGACGAAUUCCGAUUCACCGUACGCCCGUGGCCGCAACAAGAAACAGUCAUCCAGAAGUAUUUUCAAGCGAUAGCAAGU